AUGGAGUCGUUCGUGGACGUGCUCACCACAGUAUUCCAGGCCGUGCUGGCUGUCAAUGUCGUGUUUCUUGUGGGAUAUGCGUAUAAUGGCAGACAUGUGCCGGCGCUCAGCAAGAAUCUGUCAAACAUCAAUAAAGACUUGCUCCUGCCCCUCUUGCUCCUCACAGGACUAGCCGCGUCUUCCACUCUGACAUGGAAGACCCUCCUCCAGUCCUGGCCCCUGGCGAUCAUCGCCCUCACCACCCACAUAGCCUCGUUAGCCGUCUCUAUAGGUAUCCACAACUACUUCAAAACGCCAGAAUGGACUGUUGAGGCUUUGACAUACAACAAUGUAUCAUCGUACCCACUGCUGGUGCUUUGGGCGUUAUACAAAGUUUCGCCGGAGGGGGGGUUGAGUCAUCUUCAUUGGAGGAUUAGGGAUACGAAUCUGCAUGUCUUGGAGCGGGCGUCUUUGUAUAUCUUAGUUAAUAUCUUGAUUACGAAUGUGUUCAGGAACCUUCUGAAACCUGUCGUAUCCCGCUACACCUCCCCACCUCUCAUAGACGAACCAGCAGACCGUUACAUACCCCUCCCGGCCGGAGAACCUACAGAGCAAGAAGAAGCCACCGAACGCACCUCUCUCCUCUCCCACCCUCCCCCCUCCCCUUCCCCCUCCACCUCGUCGGAGACAGGCCCCAAAACAUCUUUGAAGCUCAUCCUCCGCUCGCCAAUCGUCCUCGCUGCGGUGGUGGGGUUGGUAGUGGGGCUUGUGAAGCCUUUGCAGCGUGGCAUCAUUGGGGUCGGCGCGGGAGGAGCUGGGGAAGGGGACGGGACGUGGUUGUGGCUCGGGAUCGGCAGCGGUCUCGUCGCUUUGGGCCAGUUUUAUCCCCUUUUUGAUGUAUUCACUUCUGGCGUGACCGUUCGAGCUGGGCAUCAAGUUUCGUCGGAGGAAGAACCGGUCCCGCCGACGUUGGGGACGGUGCUCAUACUUUCGGCUUGGAGGUAUGCUGCGAUACCUGCUAUUACGCUGCCGAUCGUGAAAGGGUUGAGGCAUAUUCCUUCGACGAAAGUGUUUUUGCAGGAUCCCGCUUUCUCAUUCGUGUUAGCACUAACAGUCAUCACCCCACCCCUCAUCCCCUACCCCUCCCCCCUGACCCCAUUCAAAUCCUCCUCCCUCCUCCACACCACCCUAACAUCCCUCCUCUCCUCCCUCCCCCUCACCCUCGCCCUCGCCAUCCCCGCCCACGGCAUCUCCUACGACCUCAACUUUGACCUCCUCUCCGCUCUCAAGUCUGCUGCGGGCGGGGGGGUGGCGGGCGCAGCGGCGAUGGUGGUGCAGGUGUUGACGCUGAUGCCGAUGAGGACUGUUAUGAAUUAUCAGUAUAGGUUUGGCGGGGGGGUCAAGCAUGCUACGAAGACGCUUUAUGCAGAUGGGGGGCUUAAGAGGUAUUAUGCGGGGCUGGCGGCUGCUUUAUUCCAAGGCCCCCUCUCCCGCUUCGGCGAUACAGCAGCCAACGCCGGCAUCCUCGCCCUCCUCUCCACCCUCCCCUGGCCCAUCCUCCUCAAAACCAUCGCCGCCUCCCUCGCCUCCGCCUGCUUCCGUAUGCUCCUAACGCCGAUCGAUACGAUCAAGACGACACAGCAGACUCAAGGGGGGAAGGCAGGGUGGGGACUGGUCAGGGAGAGGGUAAGGGAGAGGGGGGUGGGGAGUUUGUGGUGGGGCGCUGGGGCUACGGCUGCUGCUACUUUUGUUGGGCAUUAUCCCUGGUUCGGCACCUACAACUACCUAUCCGCCCACCUCCCCCUCCCCACCACCCUCCCCCAAAAACUGAUCCGUCAAGCCUUCAUAGGCUUCUCCGCCUCCGUUGUAUCCGACACCUCCUCCAACUCUCUCCGCGUCCUCAAAACGUAUCGCCAAACACACCCAGGGGAUGUGGGGUAUGUGCAAGCGGCGCGGGAGGUGGUGGCAGCUGAAGGGGUGUGGGGGUUGUUGGGGAGAGGGCUGGGGGUGAGGUUGGGGACGAAUGGGUUGCAGGGGUUGUUGUUUAGUGUGCUUUGGAAGCUGUUUGCGGAUAUUAUUGCUGGGAAUGGAAAGUGA